AUGAACAGUUACAGCCUAUUAACUAGAUCUUUCCACGAAUCUUCUAAGCCCCUUUUCAAUUUGGCUAGCACCUUGUUGAAGGCUUCCAAGAGAACGCAGCUUAGAAAUGAAUUGAUAAAACAGGGUCCUAAAAGGCCCACAUCUGCUUAUUUCUUAUAUUUGCAAGACCACAGAAGUCAAUUCGUUAAGGAAAAUCCAACCUUACGUCCUGCUGAAAUCAGCAAGAUUGCCGGUGAAAAGUGGCAAAAUUUAGAGGCUGAUAUAAAGGAAAAAUACAUUUCUGAAAGAAAAAAGUUGUAUUCUGAAUACCAAAAGGCGAAGAAGGAGUUUGACGAAAAACUUCCUCCAAAGAAACCAGCAGGACCCUUCAUUAAGUAUGCCAAUGAAGUUCGUUCGCAAGUUUUUGCACAACAUCCUGACAAGUCUCAAUUGGAUCUAAUGAAAAUUAUCGGAGAUAAAUGGCAAUCCUUGGAUCAAAGCAUUAAGGACAAAUACAUACAAGAGUACAAAAAAGCUAUCCAAGAAUAUAAUGCUCGCUACCCUCUCAACUAG